AUGAACCGGUAUCGCACCCUUCCGGGCCUUGGGCCGCAGAAGGCUACCGCCAAUACCUUACCUAGUAAGGGCGUGGCUGACCAGCAAUUGGCUGAGGCUGAGGCCAGACGGACAAAACUUGUUGCGGAACCAGAAGAUCGGGGUCGAUCGCCAAUCCCAGACUCCUCAGAUUCCGUCUCAACCAUAUCGACAAACAAGUCGCGGUCUCGAUCACGGUCUCGCUCACGGGACCGCGACGAUGACUUCUUCACCAGCGGUCGUGCAAGCCGAAAUCGCUCGAGAACACCGCCUACUGACAUCCCGCGGAAACGAAAACACCGGUCCAUUUCCAGUUCAUACUCUAGGUCACCGAGAUCUCCAAGGCGAGAGCCUCGCUCGCACCGCAAAAGCCGGCGUCAUCGCACUAUCAGCCCCAUUGACCGAGGUCGACCCAGCUCCAUGCGCCGGGGCAGCCACCGCAGCCGGACUAGCAGUCCAAGCAUGGACAAGAGCCAGAUUACCAAACAGAGAAGGUCUCUCGAGACAGAAGACCACGUCGGCGAUGGUCCCUGGGGACGUAGGCAGGGCCACGACGACAAUGAUCGCCACGCAUUGCCUCAGAGAGACUUCAGGGUCGGCGGGGAGAAGCAGAGCUUGGCGAGAGAACGGAGCUUGAGCCCGUACAGCAAAAGGUUGGCUCUUACGCAGGCGAUGAACAUGUAA